AUGGAAGCACCGCCGGUCACAGUCAUGCCUGUCACGGGGGGGACAAUUAAUAUGAUGGAAUAUUUACUGCAAGGCAGUGUUUUGGACCAGGCUCUUGACAGUCUCCUGCAUCGACUGCGAGGCUUAUGCGAUAACAUGGAACCAGAGAGUUUUGCUGACCACGAGCUGGUCUAUCUGCUGAAAGGUCAACAGGGAAACCCCUUCAUGCUCCGGGCCCGACGCUCUCUGGCUCACCCCACCGCCCCCUGGCACCUCCGUUACCUCGGCCAACCCGAGGUGGGCGACAAGAGUCGCCAUGCUCUGGUGCGCAACUGCGUGGACGUCGCCGCUUCGCACAGCCUGCCCGACUUUCUCAACGAGAUGGGUUUCCGCAUGGACCACGAAUUUGUCGCCAAGGGUCACGUUUUCCGGAAGGGGGCGCUUAAGGUCGUCGUGAGCAAAGUGUCUCGGGUGCUGGUCCCGGGAAACACGGACAACAUCGAGCCUCUGUCUCUGUCUUACCUGGUGGAGCUCAGCGUACUGGCGCCAGCUGGACAGGACACGGUUUCUGAGGACAUGCGUAGCUUUGCAGAACAGCUAAAGCCCCUUGUACACCUGGAGAAAAUAGACCCCAAGAGAGUGUGAGAGGUGGAAGAUCAGCGCUGUUUCUA